AUGCCGUUAUAUGUCGCCGGCACGGAAGGCCACCAGGCUGUGGCUCAGCUGUUGCUCGACCAGGGAGCCAACAAGGAGGCUGAGGACGAGUUCGGCAGCACGCUGCUAGACAGCGCAGCUAGAGGCGUUGUCCGGCUGCUACUUCACUACGGAGCUGAUAAGGAAGCUAAGAAUGGGUAUGGUCGAACAUCGCUGCAUGUCGCCGCCGGGGCAGGGCACGAGACUGUUGCCCGGCUUCUAGUGGAUGAGGGAGCAGAUAAAGAGGUGUGGUGA